GAGUAGUUCUGUGUAAUUGGUGUAUGCUCCUAGGCCUGCACUCGCAAGAAAAUGUGCGGUAUAAGGAAAAAGAGGGCUUUGAAGCUGUGCCGCUUUAUGUGAUGAAGACCUAAGUAGUAAUUAAAUUCCUGAAGAACUGCCAAGUCUCCUAUUGGCUGAAAUGGGGAUGUUCCAGGCUCUGGUCAUUGAGUUGCGAAAAAAAGAAUGUUUAAAGAUGACACAGUUAAAGCAGUGGAGACUUCUGUAAGACAUGGAUAGAUGCAAACAUGUUGGGCGGCUACGACUCGCCCAGGACCAUUCUAUCCUGAAUCCCCAGAAGUGGCACUGCAAGGAUUGCAACACCACAGAAUCUAUAUGGGCUUGUCUGAAAUGCUCCCACGUGGCCUGUGGAAGGUACAUUGAGGAACAUGCACUUAAACACUUUGAAGAGACCAAGCAUCCCUUGGCUAUGGAAGUUAAUGAUCUGUAUGUGUUUUGUUACCUUUGUGAAGACUAUGUUUUGAAUGAUAAUCCUGAGGGCGAUCUGAAAUUGUUAAGAAGCUCUCUGUCUGCUAUUAGAAGUCAGAAGCAUGAUCCAUCAGCAAGAAGUAGGAGGACAUUGCGAUCAAUGGCUUUGGGGGAGGAUGUGUAUAGCCAUCAAAGGACCCCUCAGGGACAGCCUCAGAUGCUCACUGCUCUCUGGCACAGGCGCCAAUCUUUGCUAGCAAAAGCACUGCGGACCUGGUUUGAUAAGAGUUCUAGAGGCCGGCUAAAACUAGAACAAAAGAAACAAAUAGAGGAACUGGAGAGAAAGAAGGAAGCAGCCAGGCAGAGGCGGCAAGAGAUGAAACGGCGACUUUUGGAGGAACUGGCAAACACUCCUCCUAGAAAGAGUGCGAGACUUCUGUCUCAUGUUCACAGAGAGAAUUUGAUUCCAAGGAAGUUUAGAGAGAUGGCAGCAAGUUCCCCUACCUCAAGGCAAGUGCAGAGCAGCAGAUUCAGACAGUUUUAUUCCAUCCGGCGUAAGCCCCUAAUGACUCCUGGUGUGACUGGCUUAAGGAAUCUGGGAAACACAUGCUACAUGAACUCAAUCCUUCAAGUGCUAAGUCACCUCCAAAAGUUCAGAGAAUGUUUUUUGACACUUGACCUCUGUGAAACUGAAGAACUCUUAGCCAAAACCGUGAAUGGAAAGUCUAGAAUGUCUGGCAAGUUGGCAAAUGGAUCUGCUGCUAAUGAGUCAGGGAGGAAUGAUAAAAUGGGGUCAUGUGGCAGGCAAAGCUUACCAGUUGGAUUAAACGGUGGCUCCUCAAUAAGCAGGAGUUUAGAACUAAUACAGCCCAAGGAACCGAGUUCAAAGCACAUUUCUCUCUGUCAUGAACUGCACACCCUCUUCAGAGUCAUGUGGUCUGGGAAGUGGGCAUUAGUGUCUCCAUUUGCCAUGCUGCACUCUGUGUGGAGUUUGAUUCCAGCAUUUCGAGGUUACGAUCAGCAGGAUGCUCAGGAAUUUCUCUGUGAGCUGUUGGACAAAGUGCAGCAGGAGCUGGAGUCGGAAGGAACGAAGCGCAGGAUUCUCAUCCCUUUCUCACAGAGGAAGCUCACCAAGCAGGUCCUGAAGGUGGUGAACACCAUUUUUCAUGGGCAGCUGCUCAGUCAGGUCACCUGCAUAACAUGCAACUACAAAUCCAACACCAUUGAGCCCUUCUGGGAUCUUUCCCUGGAAUUCCCUGAACGCUAUCACUCUAUUGAGAAAGGGAUUGUCCCCGUUAACCAGACAGAGUGCAUGCUGACAGAAAUGUUGGCCAAGUUCACAGAAACAGAAGCUCUGGAAGGGAGGAUAUAUGCGUGUGACCAAUGCAACAGCAAACGACGGAAGUCUUCUCCGAAACCUCUUGUUCUGAGUGAAGCUAAAAAGCAGUUAAUGAUCUACAGACUACCUCAGGUCCUCCGGCUGCACCUUAAACGAUUCAGGUGGUCUGGACGUAAUCACCGUGAGAAGAUUGGGGUUCAUGUCCUCUUUGACCAGGUAUUAAACAUGGAACCUUACUGCUGCAGGGACUCUCUCUCCUCUCUUGACAAAGAGACCUUUGUCUAUGACCUCUCCGCUGUGGUGAUGCAUCAUGGUAAAGGGUUUGGCUCAGGACACUACACAGCAUAUUGCUACAACACAGAGGGAGGUUUUUGGGUCCACUGCAAUGAUUCCAAACUGAAUGUAUGUAGUGUGGAGGAGGUGUGCAAAACCCAGGCCUACAUUCUUUUUUACACUCAAAGAACAGUGCAGGGCAAAGCAGGAAUCUCAGAAACACAACUCCAAGCUCAGGUGCCGUCCAGAAACAGCGAUAAGGACAGAAGACUGACAUUCCCAUGAUGGGAAGCAUUAAUAACUCAACUGACUCUCUCAGUUUUUUAAACCAUUGGUGUUCACACAUCAUUCCUCUUUGUAGGAAUAAAGGCUUACUGCAGGAACAGAUCAAAUCACCAUGUUUGCCACCGCAGGGUCCAGAAAAAUGUGCACCAGGCUGUGCAAUUCCAUCAUAUAAAAUUGUCAAAAUCUUUUUUUUAAUUUGUAAAACUCACUGUCCUCAAAACAGCCAUCGAUGCCUAGUAUCAUUCAUCUUAUUUAAAACACAAAUUAAACUAAGCAUGUAAAAGUAAGUACAACCCAAUUGUUCAACCAGAAUAUAAACCUAUCAAACAACUGACUCCCAAAUUCGCUAGUAAUUAAUACUGAUGACAAAAAAAAAAUCUCCAGAAAAAAGAGGUACUGUAGAAUCUCAUUUAAGCUUCAUUCCCUUGUUGUCAAUUAUAUUCUCUGGUGUGAAUCACUUACCCAAUCCCUUCCCACCUGUGUUUAUCCGAAUGACUUCAGUUUCCCCAAAAUAUCUUGAAGAGGUGGAGUUGUACUUUUCCAAAAGGCAUUCUUGCUGGAGAGCCUUCUAAGGCCCUUUGCCCUAGGCCUUACAUUAUCUGUAAGUGUUGAAAACAUUUUGAAAACAGAUUAGUGCAGAUAGGACAAUGCCAAUAGAGGAAGGGACUGGCAACGGGUCAUUUUCUUGGUAUUGACAGGGCCUAAAUAUAGCAUUGGUACACACCAUGGCAGCCUUUUUCUUGAACUGGACUGAAUGGACUUGGAAAUUGAGUGUUCACUUCUGAUAUGGAACGUGAUCAAUGUGGUUCUGCUCUGGAGAGAGAGCAUGUAAAAGUGGAACCUUCUGACUGAUCAGAUCUGCCCCCUGUACAUGUUCAGAAUCCUGUCUGCAGACACUAGCAGCAAAAAUAAGUGUGAGUCGUUUUUUACUCCUGUUAGCAGUAAAGUGCCAACACAGCUAUAGGGGAGUGGGCUGGAUUUUGUUUCUUUUUGUGCAUAAACAGAAUUGCUUACUAAAUUCCAAUCUGUUACACUUAUGCAAGUUUGAAGACAGUGAGGUUGCAUAGACAUUAUGGAGGGUAGAAUUUGGCCAGCCACAUCUUUAUUUCAAGUGAUAGCUUGGCUCUCAAAUCCCAGUUUGAGUUUGCAGAACUGCAGACCUGUAAAAAUAUCUUUAUACUUGCAAUCUGAGCUUGAUCUAGAAAUCACUGAAACACAGCAACCAUGGGACCUCAUGGUACCAUUUUUAGUCCCUUUUCUCAGUAGAACCAAACUUCAAACAUUUAUUUCGUUUGAGGAUUGUGCUGUCCAUGUUCAAUUUUAGAGAUCAGACCUGAGACUUUGAAAGAGGUUCUCUUGUUCCCUGUGCAGUCAAUCUUGUUUGGUGGAGAUAGCUAAGGUGGAAACAAUUUAAAAAUCCAGUGUUCCUGUGGGACGUUUUAAACCUCAGACAUUUAAACUUAGAAUCCAGGUAAAAAGUCCUAAAAUUAUUGGUUUUCCUUCUUUCCCUAUUUCCUUUUAUUCUUCUCAGCAUUUGCCCAUCAUACAUAAACUAAUUGGCAGAGCCAGCCCAUCCUAUUGUUCUAGAGGGUGGGAUAAAUUUCCUGAAGUAAUACCCUCUUGCCAUUGCUGCUAUCGUGACAAUUAACCUCCUGUCUUAAGGGCAAAACAGACUCUCUUCUCAGGUUGUUGUUAAUCACUCCUACUAUCCAGAAGGGAGGGAGGGAGCAGUAUGGCAGGGCAGGCAGGCAACCAACCAACUCCUUUCCUGUCACCAGAGCAAAGACUGAGUGUGUCACCUCAAGGGGACACUGGUCUUCAUUGUCCUGGGGAGUGGGAGUUGCUCAGGAAUCCAUGUUUCCUGUAUGUCUGAGCAAUGUAUUGCUUUGGAGACUACAAAAAUUGCCUGGUUUUGUUUUGCUAGUUAACUGUAAUUUCAGAAUUCUACAGUUUUACUCACUGGAGGGAAAGCAACCUGAGGCAGUCCCAUAGGUGCUAAUGAAAUUGUUUGGGUUUUUUUUAAAGCCUUAUCUGUAACUAGGCUUGGAAGGAUUUGAUUUUUAUUUCUCAUGAAUUCUGACAGGUAUUUAUUUCCUACGUGUAUGUACUGAUUUUGGGGGGGGCAAUUCAAGGAAAUAAAAAGAAACCCCAUAGAUAGUAACCCUUCAAAACGUAAUGGGCCAAAUUAAGACAGAAUGUAAGCAGAUUCAACUCCACUGAAUUCACUGCAAUCCAGAUUUGGCCCAGGGAAUGUAAAAGUUGAGCUCUGUAAGAUUUUGAAACAAAAUCAUGCAGUUGUGAUUAUCAAAUAUUUAUAAGCAUGAUUGGUUCUUUGCUAAUACAAAAAGUACAUACUUACUAGUCCAAACGAUAUGAUCUUUUCCAAAGCACUGCUUAUCCUUCCAACCCUAUCAAUACUUUUAAGAUGAAAUUGGAUUAGUUAUUUAACAGAAAGUAGAUGAUUUGCUUUUAAACUGCAGAUUCACAGUUUACCAUGACCAUAAUGGCAAAUUUACUUUCUGAAAAGUCCUGCCAUGGUAACCCUGUUAUAAAAAAGUCUAUGAUAUAAAGGCAAACCACAAUGGAGCAUUACAAUUGUUACUGCAGUGAGCCUAGACUUAUCACUAUGAAUGCUCAUCUUUUGACUGAGUGUGUUGCAUUAAUAUUUGAAUUCAGGUAGUAAUACAGUUGUCACUUGAAUUGAGUAGGUUGCAGAGAGGGAAGGGAGGCUGGAAGGAGCAUGUACAUUUAGCCAUCAAUGUAUCAGCUUUCCCAAGCAGAUUUGUAGCAUUUGCUGUUGACAUCUUUUGAGAUUAGUGGCCUCUCCAUAUGACAUUAACCCAGUAGUGCUGAGAUGUGGUGAAAUUGCAGUCAGAAAAAAUGACUUACCCUGGUAGGGAAGGAAAUAAUUAUACUUUAAAUUAAACUUGCUUUUUCCAACACUGUGAGGUUUCUGUAAUAUUUAGCUUUUAUUUGGAAGCGAUAGCGUAUAGCAUUUUUUAUGCUGUUUGGUUUAUAUUUGUCUACUGCAGGCUUCUUCAUAUAAGCUCGCCCAGUGCUCCUGCUGCGCUGUACACUGUUUUAUAGUGUCCUGGUUGCCAGAAAUUCUGAUUGGAAGUUACAUGUCUAGGUCAAUAAGAUGAAGAUAUUACUUGCAAUUACAGUGAAGUCCACUUAAGUGAAUGCUUGACAAAAGUGUAACCUAUAAAAUAAACUUUGACCCUCCUUAAUCCUGUGAGUCAAAUUAUGCUCAGACACUGGCAUAUAUUUAGAGUAGCUCAGCUGAAGUCAAGUGAAUUACUCCCGAUUUAGGUCCCUAUCCUGCAAACACAUAACAUAUGGGAGCUACCUGAAUCAUGCUAGUCCCAUUUACGUUAAUAAGACUACUCAUGUGAGUAGUUAUGUACAUGCUAAGUGUUGGCAGAAUCAGCUCCUUAAAUCGGUGUAAUUAAGAGCAGAAUUUGGUCCUGUAUGCGUAGCUAAAAUUCUUCAAUUUAAAAAAGAAAAAAUGGUUGGAGCAGGCUAAUAUCUCAAUUCUUUUUUAAUGACUGGACGAAUAAGAAAUUAUGCCUGCUCGGUACCAGUUUAUUAGCUUGAUGGAAACCCUUUGCAAGAGGUCGCUGCUGCAUAUGCAAAAACAAGGAUGUCGAUGGCCAAAUUUUUGGGGCUCUGGAGCAGCAACUAAUGCUAGCCUUAAACCUUAGAGUGCUACAGUAGAUGAAAAAUAAUUGUCACCAUUUUUUCUGUCCUACCUUUGCUCCUGUGGCUUUCUAGGAGCCCAAUCCUGUCAGGUGAAUAGAGCCUCCUGAGAGGCUUGUUGUGCUGAGCAACAGCCAAAGCUAAUGGGAAUUGAACGUGAUUGGCACCUUACAGGAUAGGGCUCUAGAAGCAUAGGAAGCUGCUGUAAAUUAAUGAAUUACUUAUACUCGUAUGUACGUGCAACCUGAAAUAUGGAGGCACCACCAGCACCUCUUUAAUAUAUUUAAAUCUUAAGUAAACCCGCUUUAUUUCACUUAGUUUUUUAAAUAUGAAAAUCUUAAAAUUUACAACUUCGUGGUCAGGUUAAGUCCCAAGGUCUGCUAAGGUAGUUGGAAAACAUUGUUUUAGGCUAACUUCACCACUAGCAAGUUAAUUACAACUACUUCCCGGUACGUUACUCUCUUACUGCCUGCACUGCCAAGUUAAACUAUGCACUGGACAAAGAGGAGUUUGAAUGCAAAAUAUUGAAAGCUGAUGAAGUUUUUUGUAGUCUACUGACUACAUGAACUCUAGUUUGAUAACUUCAAACAUUGUCACAGGUGAAGCAGUAGAUGGAAUAAUGCAUAUUAAACAGUCUGGGACUGAGCUGUCAUAUUGGAAUUGUUCCUUCUGGGUGACAGUACCACCUCCACAUGAUUAAGAACUUCCAGGCAUCUUUAGCGUAGAAAUAAAAUUGGAAAUGGUAAAAAUGUUAAAUGUGUCCUAUGGACUCGUAAGCAGAGAUUAUUUUUGUUUUUAAAAGCCAAGGCUUCUAGUAUAAAUAGUCUCUCUGCCAUACAGAAGCUCUAUUUCUGACAGAAUAUGCUUAGUUACCUCCCAGUGAGAGAGACAAGCAAGUGGGUGUUGGCUGCCAUCAAAAUACCCCAGCAUAAAAUGGGAGAGGUCGACAGUAUUACAGAAUGAAAAAUUUGAAAAAAAAGGGGGGGGGGGAUGGGAGACUGGGAAAUGGGUUAGUUUUACCUUCUGAUAAAGCUUUGUGAACUAAUUUUUAUAUGAUUCAUUAAAUUUGGUGCCUUGUAUCCAGUUACAUUUUGCAUGGGACCGAAAAGCUGGGAGUUUUAAGAGAAUUUCCCCUCUCAUCAUUCAAGUGGCAGACAAAUCUGUAUGUUUUUUACAAGUACUUUUCAGUAUCAUUGACAUUUUUACAUUUCAUAUCUAUAUGUGAAUGAAAAAAAAAUGGUUCUUACCAGCAAGUUCAGAACUUGGUGUAUUUUGGUGUAUGUCUGAAAUCUCUGUGUUUGUAAUAACUCAAAUGACUACUUGUUCAAAGGCAGAACAUGUUUGUUUUCUUAAUUUUCUUUCUGUGUUACUCAGGCCACUUCCAAUCAGGUCAGUAAGGUUAUUCCUCUCAAAACAAGAACCUUAUUUAUAAGACCUGUGUUAUACAAGGGAUAAAAACUCCACUUGUAGCAUUUUGGUAGAGUAGUAGGAGUUUUGGAAAGGCCUUUCUGAUUUAAACAUAUUGACUGAUAAUUGGAGAUUUAAGAAGGGGGUUGGGAGGGUGGGGGGGAAGAUAGUUACCUUUGCCAUGGUACUAUUUGCACAGGUUUACAGAUAGUGGUGUAGCAAACAAUCCCACAAUACUGCAGUUUCAUAUGCAAGAUGCACAGUUGUUUAAGGUUGCUGAAUAUCUCUACUUGAACAGUAGAUGGUAAAACCCAAUGCCUGCUCUGAAUGCUGCCGCCUUUUGUGGCUAAUCUCUGCACCUGGUUUGAGAUUAGGCAGGGAGGAAGGAGUUGAGUAGGAAUUUCUUGCCUGUGGGAAUAUAAAACCUAAACUUGGAGGGUUUUUGGUUUCUGUUACAUUGAUAUCCAUUUAUUUACAAGUGGGAAUGUGAGGCAUUCUUGCAAGUUUUUAAAUUUGUAAAACCACAGCACAGUUUUCAUGAUCAAAAACUGCAUAUAUUAGUUAUCUGUACCAAUUCGUAAUUAGUUGACUUAGUUAAUUUUAGGGUAUGGCUUGGGCCAUCUCUUCCAUUGUGCUUAUUUUAUUUUGUGUGUCUGUAUGAGUUCCAGUUGUCCUAAGAAAAAUUUGUAUGGUUGGCCAAAAUGCUUUCAAAAGGAAUUUUUAAACUGGAACAAGUCAUCUUAAAAAUGUUUUCAACUUACAUUUCCAAAAGGAGAAGAAAAAUGACCAGCCCAGUGGACCCAAGACUGACUUUAACCACUGUUAACUAUUUAUUGUUUGAAGCUUGUGCAUGAUACAGAAUGCAUUGUAGUUAUAGGGCACUGUCUGAACAGCCCUUUUACUGAAUUCUGUUCAGGUUGGAGUUUGGGAAAGGGAAGGAGUUAAAAAAACAACCUGUUGACAAAGCUGAAGUGACCACUGUGAAACGUUUUAGAUUAUAUGUAGAUGAGGGGCAGGAAGAGUU